UUAAAGAUGAAACCAAUGGUUCUCAGACUUAUUUUUCACCACAAAAAAAUCAGUAUUCAGUUGGAGUCCCUUGUCAUGUUUCUUCUGAUCCUUAUGUACUUUUACUUAAGUAGUAUUUGCAUGCAGGAUUUUUAACCUUUGUGGAGUAUUUUUACAUUGUCGUACUGAUAUUGUUACCUGGGUAAAAGAUCCUUCUUCUCCAGCCCCUGGUUACACUACUGACAUAUACAACCAUGUAACGGCACCAGUGGUGUCGGUGAGUCUUGAGCUAUGUGAUGUUUUAUCAGCCAGAUGUGGAGGACAAUAGUCCGCCAGCACUGAGAUUCCUUCAGUCACAGGAUGCAGUCACGUGGUUUCCCUCCUUACUUACUGUCAUGGGGAGUUAUUGACUUUGCUGCGGUUAGCGAUAAUAACCAAUCGGUUCCAGAGGGCAUUUCCUCUCCGUUUUAUCCUGUUGACUGUAGUUGACUGUAGUUGACUGCAUCGUCCUUCAGGGUCGCAUGUCUUCGUAGGUUGAUGGCGAUAUGGAGCAAUCCGUCACGCUCGGUCUUGGUCGCCUUCGGUCGUCAUGAACCCCAGCGCCGCCUCGGCUCGCUGUGAGGGCCGGUCCCCUGAAGAUGAACUGAUGGACGACUGGCUCUUCCUCUCCUCUGAUUCUGCCUCACCCCCGAGCCCGGAGGUGAGCAGGAGCCAGGAGACGGAGGACAGGGAGGACAGGGGCCAGCUCAAAUCCAAGUUGAUCUCGGCGUGGAACAGUGUCAAAUACGGCUGGUCCUUGAAGCAGAGAUCCAAAUUCAGCAAGAGCUCCGCUGUGAUCAUGUUUGGACAAUCCUACGAGCUCAGGGAUCACGAUGAGAAGGAGCGUUUCCGCCGCUCCUUCGCGUCCCGCCUGUGGUUGACGUACAGACGGGGUUUCCCUCAGCUGGAGGGCUGCUCGCUGACCACCGACAGCGGCUGGGGUUGCGUUUUACGCACGGGGCAGAUGCUGCUGGCUCAAGGCCUGCUCCUGCACCUGAUGCCACCAGGUUGGACGUGGUCUGUGAGCCCCCAUGCGGUCAAAGAUGACAUGGACCUGCCAGCGAUUCGCCCCACAGACGGUGUGGAGCGUGCACUGGAUGCAAAGGAGGAGCCGAAUGAGAGGGGUCGAAAACUGAGCUUGGGUUCCCUCCUGGACCGACCCAUGGAGGCUACGCACAGGAGGGUGGCGUCGUGGUUUGCGGACCAACCCACGGCCCCGUUCGGGAUACACCAGCUGGUGCAGCUGGGCAAAAGCUCGGGGAAGAAGGCCGGCGACUGGUACGGACCUUCCAUCGCGGCACACAUCCUCCGGAAAGCCAUGGCAGCAUCAGCGGACCUGCCCAAUCUAGUCGUGUACGUUGCACAAGAUUGCACCAUCUACUUGGAAGACGUGAAGAGGUUGUGUGAGCAGCCUUUCCCUCAGCCCUGGAAGUCUGUCAUCAUCCUGGUUCCCGUGCGACUCGGAGGACAAGAUCUCAAUCCCUCCUACAUCACUUGUGUCAAAAAACUCUUGACGUUACAAUGCUGCAUUGGGAUCAUUGGGGGCAAACCGAAGCACUCUUUGUUCUUCGUCGGCUUCCAGGAUGACCAUGUGCUGUACUUGGACCCUCACUACUGUCAGCCCACGGUGGAUAUAGCAAAGGAGAACUUUCCCUUGGAGUCCUUUCACUGUAAAUAUCCCAGGAAAAUGUCUUUCUCUCGCAUGGACCCCAGCUGUACCAUAGGCUUCUAUGCCAAAGGCCAAAUGGACUUUGAAUCACUCUGCACAGCUGUUAAUGAGGCUCUCUCCAUAUCUGCAGAGACGUACCCCAUGUUUAUAUUUGCAGAAGGAAAAAGUCAGGAGGAGGAAGGAACAUACACGCCCCCAAACAUCACCUACAUCCAGAGGCAGAACGAACGGAGAAGCGUGGACACUAGCAGCAGCAUGGACGAGUUUGUUCUAUUAUGAACAGAAGAAGUUCAAAUCAGCCCUGAAGGGGCGUACAGUGAUGAUCAAUUAUCAUAUAUAUAUAUAUGUGUGUGUGUGUGUGUGUGUGUGUGUGUGUGUGUGUGUGUGUGUGUGUGUGUGUGUGUGUGU